CAGCUGGGAGGAACAUUGCCGCCACUUCCUUUUACAACUGAGGAGGCAUAGCUGCUCACCGAGACGUGCGUCUAAGCGGUGCCGAGACAUUUUUGAGCACAUUCAUUUAUCUGAGAUGUGAAUGCACCGUAGUCAUUUAGAGGACAUCUCCAACUUGCACUGAAGAAGCAACAUUCAGAAGAUCAAUCAUGGAUUUGAAGAAACAGCUGUUGUCCUUUGCCCGCAUGUUCUUACCUUCUGUGGGAUUUGUGUUCACGUGCAUCGGAGCCUACCUGGUGUUCCAGCAGAACAGGCAAGGCUUUGAUCACAGUAUGGUCCCUGUUUACAUCAUGAUCGCCUUCGGCUUCCUGGCCAUGCUCUUCGGGGUGUUCUGGAGCCUCUGCCACACCAUGAGGAGCAAGAUGUACCACAGAAGAAGACACGACAGUGACAUCCAGAUCUUCGCAGUUGAAAGCAGGCCAAGCACCUUUCCUCCUCCGUACGAAGAGUCCCAGAGUCCCUGCUACGUCAGUCCAGGCAGCAUGCAUGAGGCGGUUGUAUCAGUUGAUGGAGUUCCCAUGGUUUUGGAUGUUGCACCUCCACUGUACACCCAGAACAGUUCAGAGAGUCCAGACUGCAGGUGGAGCUGGGAACAACCACCUCGAUACAGCGUGGUGGUCCAUACUGAACACAGAUAGAUGGACGCAUGUGAAGAGAUGUUCCAUCCAACACCAAAGGACAAAUGGGUUUUUAAUCAACUCCCUAAGAGCAAAGACUACUAACUAGGAGAAGGUUCCUAAAAAAUUAUGGUCAUCACUAAUUUUGUGACUUUGCUUUACUGCAAAAUGACAUCAGCUGCUGUAUCAACACCCAAUCUGCACUGUCUCAGUGGACACGGUUUUCUGGGACUUUACUGGGUAAAAACCUGUUGCGUUGAAACUGAAAUGUGUGUUUAAGUUACUUGAAUGAUUUUGCUUCUGGAUCAAAAAGCUUUUUUUGCUCUUUUAGCAGUCCAUCCUCAGUGCACGUUGGACUGUUCGGUUGUGUAACAAGUAAGUCAGAGAACUGAAUAACACCUCUGUUAUAUUUGAGACGUUUUACAGAGUAAGAUCAAAAUAUUUCCUAAAGAUAUUGCACACUGUCGUUCUGCUUGUGUAAUAAUGUAUAUUUUGUUCCUCAGAUGGUCUUUUAUCAAGGCUCAAUAUUGUCGACGUUUUUAUAUUUAUUUUUCAAAUUUUUAUGUUGCAACACACUAAAAACAGUUAAAUUGUCUUUAAUAAAUCCUGUUUUAUGUUAAA